AUGAACACGGUUGAUCAAAGAAAGAAAAUCACAUGGCGCAAGAAGAAGAUCGAUAUAUGGAAAGUUGAAAAACAAUCCAACAAACUUGUGACAUUCUCAAAAAGAAGACAAGGUUUAUUCAAAAAAGCAACUGAACUUUGCAUCUUAUGUGAUGUUAACAUGGCCAUGAUUGUGUCUUCUCCUGCCGAUAAACUAUUCUCUUUCGGUCGACCCGACACCGGCACAGUCCUCAACAACUACUUCAGUGGAACCACUGAGUUUGAAGAUGAAAAGUCAAUGGAAUCAAAUUAUGAGUAUAAUAGAGAAUAUGAAGAGACACUAAAGAUGUUGGAAUUGGAAAAGAAGAAACUUUUAGAAAGUGAAAAAUUAGCUAAGGCUAGAGGUGAAUGGUGGAAUGAUUCUAUUGAUGAUAUGAAUUGUGAAGAACUUGAACAAUUUAUGGUGUCUAUUUAUGAGUUUAGGAAUAAGCUUGUUGAAAAGGAACAUGAACAUCUCAAGAUGUUUUCCAUGAAGUAG